UAAGUGAUAGUCCAUCUCUAGCUGAAUAUAACCAUCGAAGCGAAUUCGAGGUAAAUAUUUAUCAAAAACAGCGGAGUACGCUAAAAUUGCGGAUUAUUUGGGAGCCAAGUGCUGGUCGCCAUAGGGGAAAAUGCACGAGGAUGAUUUGAAGAGUCAGUUGACUAUAGCACGAAACGAAAUUAACAAUCUGAGGCAGCAAGUGCGCAACCUGCAGCAUGUGCAGCGCAAGGACAUCGAGACGAUAACCCGCCUGCUGCAGGACUUCCGCUGCGAGGGCUGCGCGAGCAACAAGAGCGCCAAGGACAAGGUCGCCGGCGAGAAGCAGGAGCACCAGGAGCAGCAGCCGGGACAAGGUCAGAGCAAUCAUACCAAUGGAGGAAACAUCUCCGGAGAGGACAUUGCCCACUUUCGGCCCAUUGGAGUUAUCAGGACGGCCUUCCCGGAGAAGCGUGCCGUACCCAGGCAAUCGAUUGUAGGCAGUCGUCUGCGUGGUAUCGUUCAGCUGAACGAUGGUGUCUUCACUAAUCCGGAGCACUCACUGGAGGGUCUUGGCGACUUUUCGCAUCUGUGGCUCAUCUAUCAUUUCCACCGCAACAAUUCCCAUCCCAAGGCCAAGGUCGCUCCUCCUCGUCUCGGUGGAGAGCGGGUGGGUGUCUUCUCAACACGGUCUCCACACCGCCCCUGUCCCAUUGGACUCUCUUUGGUGGAGAUUGAGAAGAUCGAGAACGCCACCAUCAGCUUCUUUGGCACUGACAUGGUUGACGGAACUCCUGUGUUGGAUAUAAAGCCCUACAUUCCAUACUAUGAUGCGCCAUCCUUGAGCGUUGACUCAGGUACGUUGAGCGGCAAAGAACCGGAAAGUCAACUAAAAUUCUUACCCUGGACAGGACGCACUUCUGUGGGACCUCAUGAGAAUAGCCUGGAUUUCUAUGAUUCCCGGCAGGAGCCUGAUGGCGAGGAAUCGGACCUAGAGUUAUAUGGAGCAGCUGGCUACACAGGCAAUUCUGGCAUUGGAGCGGAUGCCAUCCUGCCACCACCUAGCGCCGUGCGAGUGCCCAACUGGGUGGUGGCUAGCAAUCGGCUAAGUGUUAAUUUCAACGAGCAUGCCGAGGCACAGUUGAAGGAGCUGCAGGUGGAGAAACAGUGUAUUGUGGAUAUUCUGGAGGCGGACCCACGUUCAGUUUACUUGCGCACAAAAUACGGCUCGCAAAUAUUUACCUUUCAGCUGCGAGAGGUCACGGUGACGUGCAAAUUUGAUGACAAGGCCGCCACGGUGACCGUGGUACAGGUCCGGCGUAAUGAGAACGUCCAGGUGACCGCAAUGGACGGCGAUCUGCGUAGCGCCUAA